AUGGAGCAUUCAAGUAGUACUCAAGUUAGGCUGUUUAAACUCUUUUAUGGCUUCAUUCUUUUGUGCAUGGGCACCGCAGUUCUGGAAUCUGCGACACUGCCAAGCAGUGGCACUAGUCUUGGAAAUGAAACGGAUCACAUGGCGCUGCUCGACUUCAAGAAAAGAAUCUCAGAAGAUCCUUUUCAUAUCAUGAGCUCAUGGAAUGACUCCAUUCAUUUCUGCAGCUGGGCUGGCGUUACAUGCAACCGUAUCACAAAAAGAGUCUUGACCUUGGAGCUGGAGUCUCAGAAAUUGGUAGGCUCCAUACCACCUUCUAUUGGAAACCUUACUUUUCCUACUGCAUUUAAUCUGAGAAGGAACAAUUUUCAUGGUGAACUUCCUCAAGAAUUGGGUCGUCUACAAAGCCUACAACACCUCAACCUGUCUGUCAAUUCCUUCAGCGGGAAAAUUCCAACUAAUAUAUCUCACUGUACACAACUGAGAGUGCUCGAGCUUUACUCCAAUAAGCUUAUUGGGCCAAUUCCGGACCAACUCAGUUCGUUGUUGGAUUUAAAUAUUCUAUUGUUUGAUAAAAACAAUCUCACUGGAACUAUUCCAAGUUGGAUAGGAAACUUUUCUUCUUUGUGUAGUCUUUAUAUUGGCGGAAACAACUUUCAAGGAAGCAUACCUAAAGAGCUCGGGCGUCUAACAGGCUUGCAAGCAUUCUCAGUAGCGGCAAAUAAUCUAUCUGGUAUGGUUCCUUCUUCAAUCUAUAAUAUUUCUUCCAUAUCCAUUUUCGGUGUCAGUCAGAAUCAGCUUCAUGGAGAGCUACCGCCAAAUGUUGGCGUUAUUCUUCCUCAUCUCGAACAAUUUCAUGUUGGUAGCAACAAAUUCACAGGAAAUGUUCCUGCAUCGUUCUCAAAUGCUUCUAGACUUCGUUAUCUCAAUUUGCCUGAAAAUGAUCUCACUGGAACAGUUCCUGGUGAAAGCCUUGGAAGAUUGCGAAGCUUAGUUGGACUAAACUUUGGUGCCAAUAGACUUGGAACUGGGAAAAGUGGGGACCUGAAUUUUAUCAGCUUCUUGGCCAAUUGUACAAGUCUGGAGGGGUUGGCUCUUUACGAUAACCAAUUCAGAGAUGAAUUGCCAAGCUCCAUAUCCAACCUUUCCACCCAACUAACAUCUCUUACAAUGGAGAAGAACUUGAUAUAUGGAAGCAUCGAUGGAGGCAUCGCCAAUCUUGUAAACUUGACCCUUUUUGGAAUAAGUUAUAACUUUCUCAGCGGUAAGAUCCCUGAAGAAAUUGGGAGGCUUCAGAAGUUAGGGGAACUAUAUUUGAAUGACAACAAGUUUUAUGGACCAAUUCCAUCCUCCCUAGGUAACUUGACUUCGUUGACAGAGCUCUACGUCAGCGGCAAUAGGUUUGAGGGAAGCAUUCCUCCAACUCUUGCGAACUGCCAACGUCUACUAGCGCUUGACCUGUCUCGAAACAAUUUAACAGGCACCAUACCUCAAGAGGUCAUUGGGAUUUCAUCUCUUUCAAUUUAUUUGCUCCUGUCUAACAAUUACUUGACUGGUUCACUACCAGCUAAAGUGAGUAAUUUGGUAAAGGUAGUGGAGCUAGAUGUGUCCGGAAACAACUUAUCGGGUGAAAUCCCCACAACACUCGGCAAUUGUAUUAUGUUGGAGCGCUUGUACUUGGCAAAUAACAAAUUGUUAGCCUUAUUGGUUAUACAAUUAAAACACAACCGAAGGAGUGACUGA